UUAUUCCCAAAGCCGAUACUCUCUUCUUCUCUCAUAAAGAUUCUCUCUCUCUCUCUCUCUCUCUCUAUUUAGUUUCUGCCUUGAGCUCCUUCUUCUUCCUCUUUCUAUUAUUAUUUUCCACCAAACCCAAACACAAGAAACCAUCCCAAAACCCAAACCCUAACUCAAUUCCAAUUCCAAUUCCACUACCACGUGUUCAGAUCAAACGCUAACUGCUUCGUUUUCACACCAUGGAACUACAAUCCCUAUUCUUCUCGUACCUCUUCUGCUUUUCGCUAACCCUAACCGCCGUUCACCUCGCCGCCGCCAAUUCCGAAGGUGACGCACUCUACACUCUCAAACGGAGUCUCUGACCCGAUAACGUUCUCCAGAGCUGGGAUCCAACACUUGUUAGCCCCUGCACUUGGUUCCACGUCACCUGCAACCAGAACAACCGCGUUACUAGAGUGGAUCUCGGUAACUCUAACCUAUCUGGACAUUUGGUACCUGAACUUGGGAAGCUUGAGCAUUUACAAUAUCUUGAGCUGUACAAAAACAACAUUCAAGGAACUAUUCCUCCAGAGCUUGGAAACCUCAAGAGUCUUGUUAGCUUGGACUUGUAUAACAACAACAUAUCUGGCACCAUCCCUCCUUCACUUGGGAAAUUGAAGAAUCUUUUUUUUCUUUGCAGUCGACUUAAUGACAAUCGAUUAACUGGCCCGAUCCCCAAGGAACUUGUUGGUAUAUCAAGCCUUAAAGUAGUGGAUGUCUCUAACAAUAACUUGUGUGGAACAAUUCCUACCUCAGGGCCAUUUGAGCAUAUUCCAUUGAAUAACUUUGAGAAUAACCCUCGGUUGGAAGGUCCAGAGUUGUUGGGACUGGUGAGCUAUGACACAAACUGCUCAUGAACUUGAUGGUUUGGUUGGGAUCUCAAUCUGGGUUGGUUGGAAUUAUAAAUAUGUAUUAUUAUUAUUAUUAUUAUUCUGAAAAUUGAAGUGUAUUACCUCAUAGUGUAAUGGGCAGUGGUAAAUGUAGUCCUUGGUAUAUGUAAAAAGAAAAUCCGUUUACAUACUGGAGAAGAGCAUUGGCAUUUGUAACAACAGUAUUGUGAUCUCUUCCAAUGAUGUUGAAGACAUUAAUAUCCUAUUGAUGUAAUACUAGAAAAGAAUCGACUUGGUUACUGAUGAAA